ACAGCCAGAUUUGGCUGGCUACCAACACAUUCCUUAUAUGAUUUAAUGCUUUGUCAUUUUAUUUCUUGUGAUUACAAAAUCUCAUUUUCAACUCCUGCCAAAGCCAGUAACGUUGGGAAAGCGUCUGCUCCUUAAAGACCUCUGCAGGUGUCAACCAGCCUUAGAGAGCAGGAUGGAUCUCGAUGUAGUGAACAUGUUUGUGAUCGCGGGUGGAACCCUGGCCAUUCCAAUCCUGGCAUUCGUGGCUUCUUUUCUCCUGUGGCCUUCAGCGCUGAUAAGGAUCUAUUAUUGGUACUGGCGGAGGACACUGGGUAUGCAAGUCCGCUAUGUGCACCAUGAGGACUAUCAGUUCUGUUACUCCUUCCGGGGCAGGCCAGGACACAAACCGUCCAUCCUCAUGCUGCAUGGUUUCUCUGCACACAAGGAUAUGUGGCUCAGCGUGGUCAAGUUCCUUCCGAAGAACCUGCACUUGGUCUGCGUGGACAUGCCUGGCCAUGAAGGUACCACCCGCUCCUCCCUGGAUGACCUGUCCAUAGAUGGGCAAGUUAAGAGGGUACACCAGUUUGUAGAGUGCCUUAAGCUGAACAAAAAGCCCUUUCACCUGAUAGGCACCUCCAUGGGUGGCCACGUGGCUGGAGUAUACGCUGCUCAGUACCCAUCUGAUGUCUGCAGCCUGUGUCUUGUGUGCCCUGCUGGCUUGCAGUACUCAACUGACAAUCAGUUUGUACAACGGCUCAAAGAGCUGCAGGACUCAGCUGCCAUUCACAAAAUUCCUUUGAUCCCGUCUACCCCAGAAGAGAUGAGUGAGAUGCUCCAGCUCUGCUCCUAUGUCCGGUUCAAGGUGCCCCAGCAGAUCCUUCAAGGCCUUGUUGAUGUUCGCAUCCCUCAUAACGGCUUCUACCGGAAGUUGUUUUUGGAAAUCGUCAGCGAGAAAUCCAGAUACUCUCUGCAUCAGAACAUGGACAAGAUCAAGGUCCCAACACAGAUCAUUUGGGGAAAACAAGACCAGGUGCUCGAUGUGUCUGGGGCAGAUAUAUUGGCCAAGUCCAUUGCUAACUGCCAGGUAGAGCUUCUGGAAAAUUGUGGCCACUCCGUGGUGAUGGAGAGACCGAGGAAGACAGCCAAGCUCAUUGUCGACUUCUUAGCUUCUGUGCACAGCACAGACAACAACAAGAAGCUGAACUGAGGCCCUUGCCACAGCCUGCAUUGUUCACACAGCAUCUGCUCCCAUCCCCAAAACUUGAUACAGUCACCACUCUCAGGGAUCCUGCCCCAAAUGCCAUUGGAGGACCAGUGUCCCUGAGGAAGCCAACCUCCUAUCCCAGUAUGGUUCCACAGAGCAUCAGGGGCCGCAAGGAAAUCUCCAAGAUCCUUUUUCAAAAUAGAAACCUAAAUGGAACUAAAUUUAAAAAAAAAAAAAACAACAAAAAAAAACCCAGCCAUGAAGCCUGCUAGAAGUCGUCAAGUGUAUGUCACUGACAAGCCAAGGCAGUGCUAAGCAGCCACCCAGGAUGAUGACCAUUAAGUACAUUUUCUUUAAGGCAUUCCUCACACAUUAAACUUGAGCUAUUUUUGUUGCUUCAGAUGUAUCCCUUGCAUGGUCAGUGGCUUCCUGCAUAGGAGCUUUAGUCAUUUAUUGAACCCUUGUUUAGAUCUAAGCAAGUUUUGCAUAGAGGCCCAUGUGUCAAUGCAGCCCAUUAGCCACAAGACCAGGGAAGAAACAGGAAACUGUGGAAGAGCUUUCUGCCCCUAAGGCCUGAUGCACAGACCUGGAAUCUCAGCCACUUGGGAGGCUGAGGCAGGAGGAUCUAAGUUCAAGGCUUGCCUGAGGUACAGAGUGAGUUCAAGGCCAGCCUGAGCUACUGACUGAGACAAUUAAAAAAAAGAAAGAAAGACACGAAAAGAAAAUGUUUCUACGUUUUUUUUUUUUUUUUACAUGUAGAAACAUACAUGGAGGGGCAUUUUUUGGCUUCAGCCAGCCCUCAGAACUGCCGAAGCAGCACAACACAGACUUAUGGGUCUGGGUACCUACAAAUCAGAUAUGAGUGACCAGAAUGAAGACCAUCUGACAGGGUGGGUUUCCUAGGAAUAAUUUAUAAUUUUUAAAAAUAGGACUAAUAAAGCAAUAAUGUUCUAGACCUCUAUCUAAUCAGACUGGAGCUCAUGGGCAUCUUUUCUAUUCUGCUCUUCUACUGAUAACCCUCUGAUGUAAAAUACUAGUUUGUUAAUGAAUUCUGUGAAUUCUGUGAACAAUAAUGUGAUUGAAAAAAGUAAGUCCAAACAGCUGUAAAAAGUGACCACAAUGAUGUAAAAUAAAUUGAAUAAGUCUA